AGGCCGGCGCACCGCAAUCGCAUCACUGUGAUUAUUUACUCAACACCCAACACGCCCAGAUCAACUCGCUCGCAGACAUGGUCUCACCCCCCGGCCUAGGAGGCCUCAACACCCCCGCCCCAAACAUCCCCUACUUCACCCCACACCACCGGCAAUCCCCCGGCACACCACGAAACCCCUCGGCACCGCACAUACCGACCCUGUUCACCCCCCUGAAAAUCCGCAAUGCAACCCUCCGCAACCGCAUCGUCGUCGCGCCCAUGUGCCAGUUCUCCACGGCGCCCGAGGGCCCGUCGAUCGGUGCCCUAACAGACUACCACCUCGCGACGCUGGGCCACUACGCGCUAAAGGGUGCGUCGCUGGUUUUCGUCGAGGCGACGGGGGUCCAACCCAAUGGACGAAUCUCGGCGUAUUGCCCCGGGCUAUGGGAUGAUAGCCAGAUUGAGGGGUUGAGAAGGGUCAGUGAUUUCGUGAAGAGCCAGGGCGCGUUGUCGGGGAUCCAGCUUGCGCAUGCGGGGCGGAAAGCCAGUGUUGCCGCGCCGUGGGUUGCUGGUAGUACGACGACACACAAGGCGAGUUUACGAGCGGAUAAGGAUCAGUUCGGGUGGCCGGAUGACGUUGUCGGGCCAUCUGGCGGCAUCGAGCAUACCUGGGAUGGAUUGGGCCUCAAGCCCGAAGGCGGGUACUGGCCCCCGCGGGCGCUUACAGUCGCCGAGAUCCAGGAGCUGGUUGGGGACUGGGUGCGCGCGGCGAAGAGGGCGGUUGCUGCGGGGGUGGAUGUCAUUGAGAUCCAUGCAGCGCAUGGGUAUCUGAUUCAUCAGUUCCUGAGCCCCGUGACGAAUCGGCGGACGGAUGAGUAUGGAGGGAGUUUUGAGGGUCGGGUGCGUUUGUUGCUUGAGAUUGCGGCUGCUAUCAGGAGGGAGAUUCCCGAGGGGAUGCCCCUUUUUGUUCGGGUUAGUGCGACGGAAUGGUUGGAGGGGACCGAGGUUGGGCAACAGUAUGGUUCUUGGACAGUGGAUGAUACGAUUCGGCUGGCGAAGCUGUUGCCUGGUGUUGGGGUCGAUUUGUUGGAUGUGAGUAGUGGUGGGAAUCAUCCGCGUUCGAAACUCAACGGACUGAGGGACAAGGAGCUGCCUACGGACUAUCAGACGAAGAAUGCUGCGCGCAUUCGCAGGGAGUUGAAGAAGGAGGGGAUCAAUCUCUUGGUCGGGGCGGUUGGGUUGAUCACGGAACCCGAGCAGGCGCGCGACCUGUUAGAGCCAGAUCAGCUCCUCGCGAAAGAGGCUGCGGAUGCCAAGAAUGCUACGGACGCAAAAGAUGGAGCGGAGCCUGCAGCUGAUAUCGUGCUGGUCGCCAGGCAGUUCAUGAGGGAGCCGGAAUGGGUUUUGCGUGUUGCGUGGAAGUUGGGCGUUGAGGUCGCCUGGCCGAAUCAGUUCCUGAGGGUUCGGUUUCCUAGAUUGUAGAAAGUAACCAUGUACUGUUUAUUCAAUUCGCACAGUUCAGAGAGUUGUAUGUACAGACCCUUAGAUGAACCUGGUCAAGUCGAGCUCUCCUAGCAAAUGGACAGACCGCAACUUGGAUUCAAC